AUGGAAGGAAAAAACAUAAAAGAAAAUUUGAAAAGCAUGAAAGAUGCGUAUGACCCCAAGGAGGUCGAGGCCAAGUGGUACUCCUUCUGGGAGCAGAAUGAUUAUUUCAAACCGAAAAAGGAGUUGCUAGGAGAUAAGCGUCCGAGUGACAAGUUCGUCAUUGUGUUGCCCCCACCAAAUGUGACAGGAACGUUACACAUUGGCCACACGUUAACCAUAGCCAUUCAGGAUUCCUUAGUUCGAUACAAGAGAAUGAAAAAUUUUUUAACCCUCUACGUGCCAGGGACAGACCACGCAGGGAUAGCAACACAGACCGUUGUGGAAAAAAUACUAUUUAAGAAGGAGCAAAAAAUACGACAAGAUUAUGGAAGAGAAGAGUUUGUGAAAAAGAUUUACGAAUGGAAGGAUCUCCAUGGAAAUAAAAUUAAUAAUCAAAUUAGGCGAAUCGGUGCGUCCGUUGAUUGGUCAAGGGAGUAUUUCACUAUGAACGAGAAAUUGUCCGCAGCUGUGAAGGAAGCAUUUAUAAGAUUUUAUGAUAGCGGAUUGAUUUAUAGAGACAACCGAUUGGUUGCCUGGUGCCCCCAUUUAAAGACGGCUCUCUCCGAUAUUGAGGUGAACCUUGAAGAAAUAAAGAAGCCAACAAAAAUUAAGAUCCCCUCAUUUGAUCACCUGGUCGAAGUUGGCGUAUUAUAUAAGUUCUUUUACCAAAUUAAGGACAGUGAAGAAAAAAUCGAAGUGGCAACAACGCGAAUUGAAACCAUGUUGGGAGAUGUUGCUGUGGCGGUGCAUCCAAAUGAUAAGAGGUAUGCUCACUUAGUGGGAAAAGAAAUUGUACACCCCUUCAUUCCGGACCGUAAAAUAACCAUCAUUGCGGAUGCCUAUGUCGACAUGGAAUACGGUACUGGAGCUGUGAAGAUAACGCCAGCUCAUGAUAAAAAUGACUACGAAAUGAUGAAGAGGCAUAAUUUGAAGUCCAUAAAUAUUUUUACCCGGGAUGGACAUAUUAACAGAAAUGGAGGCAAAUUAUUUGAAGGGAUGCACCGAUUUGAAUGUAGAUUUAAAAUCCAGGAAGAAUUAAAGAAGUUAAAUCUGCUCUCGGAUAAAAUUCCUAACUCGAUGUCUCUUCCUUUGUGUUCCAGAACAAAUGACAUCAUCGAGUAUAUGCUCAUACCACAGUGGUACGUAAACUGUAGUGAGCUCGGCAGACAAGCCAUUAACUGCGUGAAGGAGAAGCAACUCACAAUUAUUCCCCCGCAGCAUGUUAACACCUGGUUUUACUGGCUAGAAAAUGUGCACGAUUGGUGCAUAUCGAGGCAGCUAUGGUGGGGCCAUCGAAUUCCAGCCUACAAAAUUGUCAAAAAAGGGGAUCCGAGCGUCGAAGCGGAGGGGAGCCGUGAUAAUUCGAAUCAAUCAGAAGAGGCAGACCCCACUGGAGAGGAAGGUGUGGAAGCAGAGGAAAAGUGGGUUGUUGGCGGAUCCUACGAAGAGUGCAUGGAAAAGGCCAAAAAGAUGGUACCCCAAAAUGAGCAGUCCGAGUCUACGUUCGAGUUGGUACAAGAUGAAGACGUACUCGACACGUGGUUCUCUUCCGCCCUGGUUCCAUUCAGCUCUUUAGGAUGGCCAGAAAAGACGGAAGAUCUGGAACACUUCUUCCCGAACAGUAUUUUAGAGACGGGUCAGGAUAUUCUCUUCUUCUGGGUAGCUAGAAUGGUAAUGGUUUCGCUUCACCUUAUGAAGACACUCCCUUUUAAUACCAUUUACCUACAUGCAAUGAUUAGGGACUCCAAAGGGGAGAAGAUGAGUAAAAGCAAAGGAAACGUCGUGGACCCCUUGGACAUCAUCGAUGGAAUUAGCCUACAGGGAUUAAAUCAAAAAUUGUAUGAAGGAAAUUUACCCGAAAAAGAAAUCAAAAGAGCAUUAGAAUUGCAGAAAAAGGAGUUCCCCAAGGGAAUCCCAGAAUGUGGAACCGAUGCUCUACGAUUUGGUCUCCUAACCUAUCUGAAGCAGGGGAGAAAUGUGAACCUAGACAUCAAUAGAAUAAUUGGGUAUCGACAUUUUUGCAAUAAACUGUGGAAUGCUGUUAAGUUCUUUUUGAAGACGUUGCCAGAUAAUUACGACAAUUGUAACGUCCUUCUUUCCAAACCGGAUUAUGUGCAUUCGUUGCAGUGGGAAGAUAAGUGGAUUCUCCACCGGUUAAAUGUGUAUAUAAAAAGUGCCAAUGAAAGUUUUGAUACGUAUAACUUCUCCGAGGCAGCAUUCUCUGCGUACAACUUUUGGCUCUACGAUUUGUGCGAUGUGUACUUGGAGCUUAUCAAGGCCCGUCUUAAUGUUGAGUCCUCCGAACCAGAGAAGAAGGAAGAAGCCCCUAGUGAGGAAAAAAGGGAGGACGUAACAACCGGGGAGAGCCACAUCAAGGACAGCGUUUCCAUCAGCGAGGGGCAUCUUCUCACCGGUUCAACGGCACUCCAUGCUAACAAGACGCUACAUGCGUGUCUGGAUUAUGGACUGAGACUUUUGCACCCCAUUUCGCCCUUCAUAACGGAAGAGCUGUACCACAAGAUCGCAGCCGAGGGAUACAAAUUUGGAUCCAUUUCUGUAGCCCCCUACCCAGAGUACAUGCCUUCUUGGAAUGAUGAAACGGUUAACUCCGAAAUGAACAAAUUUAUGAGCAUUGUUAAGCAGUUCAGAUCGUUCAUUUCUAAUCUGGAAAUUCCUCCCAAGAUAAAACUCAAUUGUUACAUUUCUGCCAAGAAUCAGCAAGACGAAGGUUUUAUCUUAAAGGUAAAAAAUAAAAUACAGACAUUGGCCAAAUUGGGUACCCUCACGGUCAUUAAAUACAACGUGGAGGAACUUUCCGAUGAUCUCAUUGCUGAAAUAAAAAGAUGCCUCAAGGAUAUUGUAGCCAACCAGUUCAUUAUCUACGUGCAAUCCACUGAGGAGUACCUCAAGCCGCUACUGACGAAUAUGCAAAACAAGAAUAAGAAGCUCCAAACUUCUUUAGAUUCCUAUUUGAAAAAAACCAAUGAUCCUAACUAUGCGCAAAAAGUGCCUGAACAGGUCAGAAAUUUGUACGCGGAAAAAAUCGACGAGCUGAACGCGCAAAUUUUGGUCGUGUCCAACAUCAUUUCGGAGAUUAACGAAUGCUUAAAGAAUGCGUAA